CACCGAGUCGUGUAGUCUGCAUUGUCAGCAAUACGUAGUUCAUAUUUUGGUCACUGUUUACAGUGGUUCCUGUAGAUAAACAACGGUUAGUGGUAUCACGUACAGACUUUUGGGAGCAUAGAAGUAUUGUAUUGAGAUUAAUGGCUGCAAGGAACUCCAGAAAACUAAGCAAAAUGAUUGCUUUUUGGACUUUCACACUUAUUAUCGCUGUUUCCGUCGAGAGAUCGCAACAAAGUGUUUCAACCGAGUGCGUGAGAAAAUGUAAUCCUCAACAACUGAAACGCUUGACAAGAAAGGUCUCAAAACUUUUCUCAAGCUGCUAUCACCAGUGUCUGGGAGUGAGGAGAGCUGCACAUGGACAAGCCCCAGUCAGGCCAGGGAUCUUUCAAAAACGCUUCAGAAAAGCUCUCCCACCUAAUCCUAAUUGUCCAGGUUCUUCACCAAACCAGACCCAGGACUGGAAACCAAGUAACAUUAAUGUGACCUUUGGUCAAUAUGAAAACACCACUAAUUGGUAUGCAAAUGUAUCUUGGACUCCUAUGAAUGAUGCAAAUGAAAGCUGGACUUCGAUACUCAUCCGCUUUUUCGCAAUAGACACCUCUACUGGAGACGUGGAUUGUUUAAAGUAUCCAAAAAAUCAAAGCGUCGCGACAGUUAACAUUACUUCGUAUGGCUAUCAAUAUCCAAACAAAAUUUACUUAGAUAUUAUUGGCCAACCUUUCUCUUCAGAUGAUACCGUAACUUUAGACCCGUAUGGACCCGUUGUAGUGUCUUCAACAGUUACUUCUGUGGCACAGACUACUCCUACAGCACAGACCACUCCUGCUACCGAGACAGAGACUUCUCCUGCUACCAACACACAGACUCCUCCUACUACUGACAAGGGAAAAUCAGAUAACACCACCACUCUUAUUACCACUGUAGCAGUGUCUCUCGGUGUCCUCGGAGGAUUAACGUUCGCUGCCUGCCUUUUAAAGAAUAUUUUAAGCCGCAGGCCGAAGAGCAGUAAACUGCCGCCAGAAUUCAAAUACCACGCGUUUAUCAUUUACAGCAGCGAAGAUAAGAGCUGGGUGACUGGAGAAUUACUUCCAUUCUUGGAAGAAGAAAGUCAUUUGAAAUGUUGUGUUCAUUACAGAGACUUUAUGCCUGGGAAACCUUUUGAAGUUAACAUGGCGGAGAGUGUUUACAACAGUUACAAAGUAAUUGCAGUGUUUUCCAAAAACUUGGUUGGCAGUAAUUACUGCAUCCACGAAUUAGACCUUGCCAAGCAUCGCCUUCUUAAAGAAAGAGACGACAGCCUGGUCGUGAUGAGAAUUGAUAAAACGGAUUGUGAGAUGCUCCCUCGGGGAUUGAAGAAACGAAGUUUCAUAGACUAUGCCAAUCCCUUGGAAAAACCUUUUUGGAAAAGUAAACUCAUUAAAUUCCUGGACACCUCUAAGGAUCUUGUUGAAGAAAGCAGGAACGAAGACAAAGACAAUAAUAACUGUUUUCCAAACGAUUUUAUCGAAGAAAAUCAGCAGAAAAGAACUACUUACGAAAGAACAAUCAGUACCGCUACCGAAGUAUCUGUUAUUUCAGAGACAGAGGGAACCUCUGUUUAAGAAUGCGAUCUAGAUUUAUAGUCGUGUUAAUAGUUAUACAGGUUAUUGUGUUCUGGAAAAAGGUUUCCUGAUACCAGCGAUCAAAGAGACCUUCAAGGCACGAUAAGCUCGUCUAGUAUUCACGACGUUUCUAUUAGCCGUUGUCGAUAUGUUCCCUCAAAAGUUAAUCAAGUUUCGCAUUUCUUUAUACUUCUUGGAUGGGAAUGGGAAGAGGGGGGGAUUUCUUUUUUAUGGAAAACCUUUUCUGAGAAAUAUACCUUACUACUUAUCGCGCUCCUGGAGAGCCCGAAGGAUUUUAAAAGGGAGGCGCUUUGCAAAGGUUCGAAAACACGAGUAGCACCGCCACAGAGAUAUUUAUUUCACAAAGGGACCUUUACUGACAUAGAACGGGAACCUUAACAAGUUUGUUUCAUAUUAAGAUGUCUUUCAUAUUUUGAGUUAUAUAUUUUUGUAUGUUAUACUUAUCGCUAGCUUUGCUGAAAUUAGUAUAUAUAUUUGAAAAUACAAACAGCAACAACAGAAAAAAUAGCUUUUGAACUUUUUGAAAUUUGUUUAUUUAAUGAAUUACUGAGAUGACCUUUUUUGAAAAAUAAUUCCAGUAGUUGGUGGUUUUGUAGAUGCAUAAGCGUAGAAAAAGAAACUUCUCUUGGUCAGGUUUCAACCAAAAGUAGUCGGAACAAUCACCUGAGAGACAAGUCGAAACAAAUAAGGGGAAAACUGACUUGUACCAGGUUGUCUUCAUGAUGCACGUUACAUGGAAAUGAAUGGGUGAGGAGGAUGGAGUUGACGGAAAGAGGUACCGUCGUGCCUUGCACCUCUUGUACCCCCGUGUGAACUUUGGUUGAGGAAGCCUCUUUCCACUAGCGAUCGAUACAAAAGAGGAAAAACUUGAAAUUGUCGGCCGACUUAUAACAUUUUUCUAGCCUGAGUUUGCAUAUAAUAAUUGUGCGUUUUUUCUUUUUAAAAAAUCCUCUCUAUUUCAUCACUAUUUAACCUAAUCAUUA